AUGGCUCCAGGUACUCGACGCGCGAACCGCAGCGGGUACGCCGAACACGAUGACUUCGAGGGCCUUCCCGUGCGCCAAUGGCGACAUGAGUGGGUGAGCGUCGAGCCACCCGCGCCCGCCGAAACGACGCAAAAGAACGACAUCUGGGAUGUUGAGCUCCCAUGGGGCAUGCCGAAAGACGCGGGCCUACUGCCUCAACACAGCCAGGACUUGCUGCGCGCGGCGAGAUCAGGGGUCCUCUACAAGAGACCCGCGCCUGCGGAGGAGGAAGAGGCCGAAGCCGACGCCGUGGCAGAGAAGCCGGAGAAGAAGGAGGACGAGUCCAGCACCAAGGGCUUCCAGAUCAAGGUGUGGAAGCAGAUCAACCGCAACUCGGAGGGCUCCCCAGUCUCGCACCUCGCGAAGCGCAGGAAGGGCACGGUCACGAUAUCGUCCAAGACAGUCAGCAGUCAUACGCCUGGCGCAACAGUGACCAAGGCCACUGUGCGGAGAGUCGAUGCUGCUGGCAAUCCGUACACGCAGGAGAUCACGCUGCACGAGGGCCAGACGGUCGAGGGCGAGAUCAUCUCGACGACGGUCGUGCCAGUUGCAGCCGUCGACCCUACGCAAGCGCCUCCUCAGCGCGUGCGACGGCCGCCGCCGCCCAAGAAGAAGAACAAGCCCGGCCCGGGCCGUGGGCGCAAGAAGAAGAUCCUGCCACUGCCUGCGCCGGCGCCUGGCGCGCCGGGUGCUGUGACUCCAGUAGAAGGAGCGCCCGUGGUUCCCAAGGUCGAGGGAGCUGAUGGGGCAGAGACACGAGCCGCGCCACCCGUGAACCCUAUCAACCUCGUCCCUCUUCCGGCUAUACAUUUGGCGAACUCGUCACCCAAAGGCAGCCCUCUCAAGAACGUUGUUCUACCUUCUCCGACUGAGCCAUCAACACAAUUCUCCGCCAUUGCAGAGGCGCUGGCUCCCACAAGCGAGCCAAAGGCUGAGCCCAGGAGCGAGUCUCAGCAGCCAGAUGUACAGGCAGAUGUGCAGGCAGAUGUGCAGGCAGAUGUGCAGGCAGACGUUUCCAUGACCGAUGGACCUGAAAACGUCACAGAAGCACCCGCGGAACUGUCGAAUGCGACUGUACCCGAUCAGCUCCCUCCCGUCGAUACCACGACAGAAGCUGCCCAAGAUGCAUCGACAUCUCUUCCUCCUGCUGACAAGGUCGGUGACAUUGUCUCGCCGAUGGCAGAGACCAGAUCUACCUUUUCUCUCGCAACAACGGCCGAGACCGAGGCUUCAGGUACCAGGCUAGAAAGUGGAGACCAAACGGUUGCUUCGAACGAGGCACCGCAAGACGCCAUGGUGUUGGACGUUCCUGAGGCGCCUGAAGCAUCAGAGGCCCCCGCUGUUCCUGAGAUUCCAGAGGUCAUCUCGACUUCGGAAACAGCGCCCGCCGAGGAGCCAUCAGCUCCUGUUGUUGAGGAUGUCACGGAAAAGAAGGAGAACAGUCCCCCAGUUCCACCAACGAGCAUCGAAGAGCCUUCUACUUCAGCGGCCGAGGAAGAGUUCGGCGCUUCAGUAGUCGAGGAGAUGCCACCCGCGCCCGAGCAGCUCGCAGAAGCAAUCAAGUCGCCAGUGAAAUCUCCGCUGAAGUCACCUGUAGCUGCGUUAGAACCGCCAGCUCCUGUUGAACCUCCUGUGGUGGAACCGGCCGAUGUUCCGCCCGAAAUUCCAGUGGAUGUUCCCGUAGAAGCACCAGCUGAAGUGUUCGUUGAUGCGCCGGCAGCACCCGUUGAUAUUCCAGUCGAAGCACCUGUCGAGGCUCCCGCCGAAGCUCCUGUUGAGGCCCCCGCCGAUGUGCCGAUUGACGUUCCUGCCGAAGCCCCCGCCGAAAUACCCACCGCUGAGCCCGAGGUAAACCCCUCAGCGCCUGCCGAAGUCUCGGUGCUACCCGAGGACGACGGCCCGGAUCUGCUAGCCGGCUUGGAGACGGAGCUGGACCGCCAAGCUGAAAUCAGCAAGUCCCAGCUUCCCGAGCCUCCCGCGGCCCCGCACCCGGAAGCGGCUGAGCUGCCCGAAAUCGCCAACCCCGUGCCCUUGCCCGAGGUUCCAGCAAUCGAGCCAGAGAAGCCUGCGGACGAGCCGAUGGAUGAGCCAAUGGAGGAACAGAAGGAGGAGGCGGAGGAGCAGAACCGGGAUCAGAACAAGACGCCUGAGCCUGUUACAGCUCACGAGCCCGAACCGGUUCCUGCUCCUGCGUCCACCGAGGCCGCAGACCCGGCGCCGGCUGCUGAGGCUCCCACGAGCGCGGAAACGGUGCCCAAGGAUGAGGUGGAGAAGACGGAAGAGACAAUGACCGAUGCACCUGCGCCCGCGGCUGACGCCUAG